AAAUGCACGUUGCAUUGAUAUCUCAUUUCUCUGCAAUAGGAAGGCAGCAGAAAUAAGAAUGGAUAUACAUUACCUUAUAGUGUUUUAGAUAUAUAGAAAUUUUACACUUGAAGGAAAGCUCUAUAAUAAAAAUGUAUCUUAAACCAUCGGAAAUCUUUUUUUCGCAAGAUUCUAUAAAUAAUGUAUUUGAUAAAAACUGUGCUCACUCGUAUCAACCAAUAGGAAAAACUUUGGACGCUCUUUGUGAUGGAAGCAUUUCAGUAAGGGACAUACCCACUAUAUCAGUCGUAAAGCAUGAUAACAAGUGGUUUACAGCUGAUAACAGACGAUUGUGGGUCUUUCGAAAUUUAGAGAGGCUUGGAAAAUGCAGCGAGAUUAACGUGACAAAGGGGUAUUCUAUUCCCUCAUCAAAAUUCACAACGUACAAUGGAGGUGUAGAUGUCAUCGUCAGAAAUGGCUCUCCGGGAGGAUAUUGGUAUAGGAAACCAAGUGUAAAGCAGCAACCAGUUUCAAAGCCGGCUACUGUAGAAACACCGAAAAUACCAACUUAUAUCAGAGAGGAUAACAAAGAAAAUGUUCCUACAAAAUCAAGUAAUACUGAUUACACCAUCUACCCAACAAGUGGGCUUAAGUUUCGUCAAUUUGAUAACGUGGCUUUUAACUUUCGUGAUGAGCCUAAAUCUUUAAGCACCGAAAUUGAAUCAAGACCUACAGAUGCUAUCGUUACAGUACCCAAAGAUGAAGUUAUAUCAAAGAAAGAGGACGAUUAUAGUUCUCUGUCGUCUGCUGAAUCUGAAGAUAUAUCUAUUCAUGACGUGAAUCUAGUGCCAUCGGUAGCGGAGGUUGUACUGGAAGAUUUUGCUAUAAAAGAAGAUUCUUGUAAAGUUCAAGUCGAUGAAGAUAACAAUGAGGUUAUGAAUACAGAUUCAAGGGUGGUUAUUGAUACACGCUCGAUUGUAUCUUAUCCAACAAACCGUACAUAUAAUACAGUCAAGAAAAAUGACAAGAGAUGUAUCAUAGCAGCAAUUGUUUCUGGAGUGGCAAUCGCUAUUGUUGUUGUUGUUGUUAUUAUUGUAAUUAUGGUUAGUGUCUAAAUUGAUUUUACAUUAGAAUAUAUUUUUUUAUAUCUCUUAAGAUUAUUAUUUUACUUGUUCAAUCAUUUAUUCAAUAUUAUUGUAUCGUUGUUGUUGUUUUGGAUUUUGUCUUCGUGCCAUAUAGCAUUUUUCACGUGCCAUAUUGCAUUUUUCACUUGCCAUAUAGCAUUUUUCUCAAGAAAAUUUAGUACAUGUAUUUCGAUGGUUUUCCAUCAUGUAAUAUACGUGCUGUGUAUAUAUGAAUUCUGAUAACGGUUAACAUGGCUAUCAAAAGAUAAUUAUGUUAUUGUUAUUUACAGUUGUAUUCUAAUCAAUAUUACUGCAUGUUAAACUGGUGUUGUUGUUUUUUUAUUUAAUAAGUAACGCGUGUUUAUGAGUAAUAAGAUAAAAAUAGAAUUGUUCUAGAUCUAUUUAUAGAAGCGUCAUGAGUAGAAAUUUCUGAAAAUAUAAAAUGGAAGCAAAUUUCCAGGCGUUCCAUAUAUACGUAUCGAUCAGAUCGGGUUAAACUAUACCUUAUCUAACCAGUUGGAUUUGUAUCAAAAACAAUUCUUAUAUUUACCAUUUCACUGUAUGAUUUAAUUAAAUCACAUGUACAUAGUUUUUGAAAGUAGAUUCAAAUAUUGAAUAAAUGGUAGGAUAUAUGCGUAGUUUAAUAAAUGUUGAUAGUAAUCUUUCCUAUUUUAAUACUAUGGUAAUUUUUACGCAAUCACGUGACUUACUGUGAUCAUACAUUUCAAUCAUUUUUUUAAAUAUACUGUUACAUAUCUAUAUGUUUACACAACACGGCUGUGAUACCUUACUUUAUUUUAUAUAUUUGUAUUUGAAACAGAAUGAACGAAUAAACAAAAAUAUA